CGGGCCCGGCCGCCGGGCGAGCCCAGCGCAGGCAGCGCGCCGCCCGGAGCCGGAGCCGGACCCGGAGCGCGGAGCUUGGCGCUGCGGGGCCCGGGCCGGAGCCGCUGGGCCAACUGAAGCGCCGCCGGGGCGGGGGCUGAGGUCGGGCCGGGCUCAGGAUGGCACAGCUGCGGUCCCCGGCGCCCCCCAGCCGUCCGCGGAGGGGCUCGUUGCCCGCGGGGGCCGGCUGGCAGAACACAGAUCUGUUUGAGAUGAUUGAAAAGAUGCAGGGAAGCAGGAUGGAUGAACAACGAUGCUCCUUCCCACCACCCCUCAAGACGGAGGAGGACUACAUUCCCUACCCAAGUGUCCACGAGGUCCUGGGGCGAGAAGGGCCCUUCCCCCUCAUCCUGCUGCCCCAGUUUGGGGGCUACUGGAUUGAAGGCACCAACCACGAAAUCACCAGCAUCCCGGAGACAGAGCCGCUGCAGUCACCCACGACCAAGGUGAAGCUGGAGUGCAACCCCACAGCCCGCAUCUACCGGAAGCACUUUCUCGGCAAGGAGCAUUUCAAUUACUACUCCCUGGACGCUGCCCUGGGCCACCUUGUCUUCUCACUCAAAUAUGAUGUCAUCGGGGACCAGGAGCACCUGCGGCUGCUGCUCAGGACCAAGUGCCGGACAUACCACGAUGUCAUCCCCAUCUCCUGCCUCACCGAGUUCCCCAACGUGGUCCAGAUGGCAAAGGCACCCCCAUAUCUCCUCCUGCAGCUGGUGUGCGAAGAUGUGAAUGUGGAUCGAUUCUAUCCUGUGCUCUACCCCAAGGCCUCCCGGCUCAUCGUCACCUUUGAUGAACACGUCAUCAGCAACAACUUCAAGUUUGGAGUCAUUUAUCAGAAGCUUGGGCAGACCUCCGAGGAGGAGCUCUUCAGUACCAAUGAGGAGAGCCCUGCCUUUGUGGAGUUCCUCGAAUUUCUUGGCCAGAAGGUCAAACUGCAGGACUUUAAGGGGUUCCGCGGAGGCCUGGACGUGACCCACGGGCAGACGGGGACCGAGUCUGUGUACUGCAACUUCCGCAACAAGGAGAUCAUGUUUCACGUGUCCACCAAGCUGCCCUACACAGAAGGGGACGCCCAGCAGUUGCAGCGAAAGCGGCACAUCGGGAAUGACAUCGUCGCUGUGGUCUUCCAGGAUGAGAACACGCCCUUUGUGCCUGACAUGAUUGCGUCCAACUUCCUGCACGCCUAUGUGGUGGUGCAGGCCGAGGGCGGGGGGCCCGGCGGCCCCCUCUAUAAGGUCUCUGUCACGGCCAGAGAUGACGUGCCCUUCUUUGGGCCCCCGCUCCCGGACCCUGCUGUGUUCAGGAAGGGGCCCGAGUUCCAGGAAUUUUUGCUGACAAAACUGAUCAAUGCGGAAUAUGCCUGCUACAAGGCAGAGAAGUUUGCCAAACUGGAGGAGCGGACGCGCGUGGCCCUCCUGGAGACGCUGUACGAGGACCUGCACGUGCACAGCCAGUCCAUGAUGGGCCUGGGCGGCGACGACGACAAGCUGGAGAACGGAGGCGGGGGCGGCGGCUUCUUCGAGUCUUUCAAGCGGGUCAUUCGGAGCCGCAGCCAGUCCAUGGAUGCCAUGGGACUCAGCAACAAGAAGCCCAACACCGUGUCCACCAGCCACAGCGGGAGCUUCGCACCCAACAACCCUGACCUGGCCAAGGCCGCUGGAAUAUCAUUGCUUAUUCCCGGGAAAAGUGCGAGUAGAUUCGGACGCCGGGGCAGUGCCAUAGGCAUAGGAACCGUGGAAGAGUCACUGAUUGUCCCUGGGAAGAGCCCCACGCGGAAGAAGUCAGGUCCGUUUGGCUCACGCCGCAGCAGCGCCAUCGGCAUCGAGAACAUACAGGAGGUGCAGGAGAAAAGGGAGAGCCCCCCGGCUGGCCAGAAGACCCCAGACAGCGGGCACGCCUCACAGGAGCCGAAGUCAGAGAACUCCUCCACUCAGAGCUCCCCAGAGAUGCCAACGACCAAGAACAGAGCGGAGACAGCAGCCCAGAGAGCAGAAGUGCUGAAGGACUUCUCCUGCUCCUCGUCCAGUGCCAGCAGCUUCGCCAGCGUAGUGGAGGAGACGGAGGGUGUGGACGGGGACGACACAGGCCUGGAGAGCAUGUCGUCCUCAGGGACUCCGCACAAGCGGGACUCCUUCAUCUAUAGCACGUGGCUGGAGGACAGCGUCAGCACCACGAGUGGGGGCAGCUCCCCAGGCCCCUCGCGGUCACCCCAUCCAGACGCCGGCAAGUCGGGGGACCCUGCAUGUCCGGAGAUCAAGAUCCAGCUGGAAGCGGCUGAGCAGCACACGUCCCAGCUGAUGCGGUCGAAGAAACACAAGGUGAAGAUGCUGUGUCAAAUCCAGGCAGAUAGGACCUCUGCCCCCAAGGCCACCACCAGCCUGUGUGCUGCCCCCUGUCUCCCCAACCCUCCCCUGGGCCCACCAUCUGGGCUGUCUCUGCAGGGCGGAGCCAUCCAGACCUGGGAGCGGGGAAGCUGCCGGCGUCAUCCUCACCCCCCGGGCUGGGGGCCAGGCUGGACAGGGAGUGGUCAGUUGCAGCAAGACUCCAGGCCUGGCUCGCCCCGGCCUGGGCCCUCCAUCACACCUUGGUGCCCCUCUCGACUCAGGGGGGGCAAGAUGAGAGGGGGGACCGAGAUCUCUCAGUGCAUACAGAGCCUCCAGGCAGCGGGGGGUGAGAUGUGAUGGAGGGAGCCCCAGGUUGGGAAUCCUGCGUCCUGAGUCCUGGCUUCUAAUUUGGGUUCUGCUGUGCGGCUCUGGGCUGUCUCUGGGCACCUCUGCUACCAAUGGACAAGAUCACUUCAGAGGUCACCGAAGACUGCGAUUCCAUGCACCUGCCCAGAAUGGGGGACCGGCCUCCCAGGGGCCUCCCAUCACCCUGUCCUGCUUCCUGGGGCUCUGAGGCCCCUGGUGGGCUGAGGGGCAGGGAGCUGGCAAUGCCUGUUGCCCCUCCUGGACCCUCAAGCUCUACCACAGACCUGCCGAUGCCCCGUCCACUGCCUCCACAUGACAGACAAGCGGCCCCCUUGGCGGAGGGAACCUACCUGGCUCUCAGCCGGCACCCAGCUCCACCUCUGCCCCCCAUGUUCUGGGCGCUCCCGGCUGAGUGGUCUCGGCUGGCCUGGAGUUACAGGUCUCGCCUUUGCGACCCCCCCAUUCCCAUGGAGGAGGCCGCCAGGCAUAGCUGCUGUGAGUCCACAUCUUGUGUGUGUCUGUCCACACUUUUUAGGCGCCACCGUCAGGCCAGCCUUCCCGCCCCAACACCCAUCUGGGAAGCCCCCGUGGCUGUGUGUAUGUUGGUAACAGUUGUACAAAAUAAAUUCUAUUUAUCGCUAUUGUA